UAUAAGUUAUAACUUCCACUAAGCAGACCCGACCCGGAAAAGAUUCUACCCAUCCCAAUUAGAGACACACCCAGUCGGGCAGUCCCCAACCCGGUUCUAACCAGCGCCAUGGUCGCUGAUGAGAGAUGAAUCUCCUCCUUGAGGCGCCGUUCUGUUUCCGACGAAGCCAUUCCCGCUGCGACGCCGUUCCGCGCCUAGGGGCUGCUCUUGAAUUUCCACCAUCUUCAAAUUCAGUUUGAUUCAGGUAACGGUAGACUCAACAAUUUGUCACCUUUGGGCUUUGGCUGCUCUGGAAAGUCAGAAUGUCAAGUUCAAGGUUUUUAUUCAGUAAUGGCAUUCUAUCAAACACCUUAGAUACACCACCAGUCAAACUCUUCUUAGAAGCACAACCAGGUGCUUACACAACAUCACGUACUCAUAACAAUGCCUCAUGCUUGUUGUUUUGGGAGAGACACAUGAAAAGACUUUCAGAAUCCAUUCGAAUUCUAUCAACGCUGGCUCCUCACCUUCUAUUUAAAUCUAAUAAUUCUGCGAUUGCGCCACCAUUAUUGACAACCUUGCCAAUAUGGCAACCCACUCUACAAAUGCUUGUUGAUGAUUCGAUGCAAAAGGUUAUGCCAAUUGCAAUAAAGGAGAGGGUUGAUUGUCAAGAGCUGGCUGUUACAACUCUUGUGAGUGGUAAUUUGGAGGAAUUGAAUGCAUGUGAGACUAUAGAUGAGGACAGAGUUGGUAAAAUUCUUGAUGUGCAUGUGCAUAUUGAGACUUAUGUGCCUCCUGCAUUUGGUAUCUUGGGAAAUGGUGCACAUUUGGCUUUGGCAGGCUAUGGGAGGCAUGUUGCAAUUGCAAAAUAUUCAGAUUGGGUAAGGAUAAGGAAGAGUCUGGAAAAGCUCAGGCCUCCUUCAGUUACAGAACUGUUGCUAUCUAAUGAUGGUAAUCACAUACUUGAAGGUUGUGUCACAAAUUUUUUUGUUGUUUGUUGCAAGGGUCAGGAUUCAGAUGAUAAGGCCAAUGGAAACAAAUAUCCUUUUGAAGUACAGACUGCUCCUUUAAGUGACGGUGUUCUUCCAGGAAUAAUACGCCAAGUAGUAAUUGAGGUAUGUAGGAGUGAAGGAAUCCUAAUUCGAGAAGUUGCUCCAUCAUGGUUGGAACAUGGAAUCUGGGAAGAGGCAUUCAUCACAAGUGGCUUGAGGAUUUUGCAACAUGUCGAAAGUAUUCAGGUUCCAACAGAAUGGCAAUCAGUCCAUUCCAAAACGUGGAAGGAUAUAUCAUGGACAAAGAAGCAAUUUCAGGGUAGAUCAGGGAUGAUCACAACUAUAAUUCAAGAAAAGAUUAUGGAAAAAGCAACCCUUGAAGGGUAUUCAAUUAGCAACAUAUGCAAAGGGUGAAGAUCCAUUGAAAUGAAGAAGCUGGCCCUUCUAUUCUUCACCUCAUUAGUUUGUCCUAGUGCUGAUAAAUAAUGUAUUAUAUUCUUGGUUCAAUAGGCAGAAAAAAUGUGAUCUGAUAUCCAUUUUAUUGCUCGGAACAGAAUAAUGAAUAUAUAGGUAAUAUUUGUAUUUUUAUUAUCUUUUGAAAUUGUUGGUUUAUGGUAGGACUGUAAUGAUAUUCUUAGAUAUGUAUAAUUGAUUUUAUUUUCAGAAUUCUGAAAUUGAUAUUUUGGGCCGCAUGGAAAGAGAACAAAACAAAACGAAACGAAACAACAAAAAGCCUCAGUUCACUCAUCCGCCAGUGUAUUUUCUUUCUAUUACUCUCUGGUUGUGAUUUGCUCUUACACUAUUUUCUUACAUAUUUAUUCCACCAAU